AUGUACGUGAGCUACCUCUUGGAGAAGGACGGGCCCAUGUACCCCGGCCCGGUGCGACACUCGGGGGGGCUCAACCUGGCGGCGCAGAACUUCGUGGGCGCCCCGCAGUACGCGGACUACGGCGGCUACCAUGUGAACCUCGACAGCGCCCAGUCGCCCGGCCCGGCCUGGCCCUCGCCCUACGCCGCCCCGCUCCGCGACGACUGGGGCGCCUACGGACAAGGGGCCCCGCCGGCCGCCGGCGCCGUCCAUGGCCUCAACGGCGGCUCCCCCGCCGCCGCCAUGGCCUACAGCCCCGCCGACUACCACCACCACCACCACCACCCGCACGCCCACCACCACGCCGGCCCCGCGCCCCACUGCUCCGCCGGGGUCAUGCAGCCCCUCAACGCCGCCAACGCCGCCGCCGCCGCCGCCGCCGCCCCCGAGCCGCUCUCCCCCGGCGGGCAGCGCCGCGGCCUCUGCGAGUGGAUGAGGAAACCGGCGCAGCCCCCGCUCAGCAGCCAGGUUAAAACCAGGACGAAAGACAAGUACCGGGUCGUGUACACCGACCACCAGCGGCUGGAGCUGGAGAAGGAGUUUCACUACAGCCGCUACAUCACCAUCAGGAGGAAAGCGGAGCUGGCCUCCAACCUGGGGCUGUCGGAGAGGCAGGUGAAAAUCUGGUUCCAGAACAGGCGGGCGAAGGAGAGGAAGAUCAACAAGAAGAAGCUGCAGCAGGCGCAGCCCGGCGGCGCGGAGCAGCUCAGCCCCGGCGCCCCGCUGCAGGCUCCCGCGGCGGGGGCGGCCGCCGCCGGGCUGGGUCCCGCCGCCCCCCAGUGA